AUGAAAGUAACAUACACAUUAAUAGCAAUAGUUCUAGUAGUUUUAGGUUUAGUAAGUGCAACAGACUGCAAUAAAAAAUCCAGAAGUCGUUCACCAUCACCCAGAUGUGACGCACACUGCCCACCAGGCUUUACCAAGAAUGCAAAUGGAGAGUGUGUUAAAAAUGAUGACUGCCAAAACCCGAAUUGCAAAAACUGCCCACCAGGCUUUACCAAGAAUGAAAAUGGAGAGUGUGUUAGAAAUGAUGACUGCGAAGACCCAAAUGCUUGCAAACACUGCCCACCAGGCUUUACCAAGAAUGCAAAUGGAGAGUGUGUUCGUAAAUCGCGUGCUUGCCGCUAG